CUCGGGUGAUCGAUCGAUCGGGUCAGGGGCUCAGGGCGUCAGGCGGCGGCCACAAGCGUCGCUGUUUAAAUAGCCCUUAGCGGCAUCCCUUGCCCUUCAGUUCAGCCUCGGCUGGACAUCUCUCGAGUUUGUUUGUUGUACUGGGAAUAGCUUGGUGCUUUUAAGUAUAUAUAUAACCAUUGAAAAUGGUCAGCGGGAGGCCCGGGAAUGGUGAAUUGGAUGCAUGGUUCAAGAGCCUCAUGGUGACCUCUAGCAGCGAGAGGGGGCAGGCUGGAAGUGGUGGCCCAGCGCCAACAUUAUCAGGAUGGAAAGACCUUCCGAUGGAGCUCCUGGUCAGGAUAAUAUCGACUGUUGGAGAUGAUAGGAUAGUCAUUGUGGCAUCUGGUGUUUGCACAGGCUGGCGUGACGCUCUGGGAUGGGGGGUCACUAAUCUUUCCCUUACAUGGUGCAAACAGAGCAUGAAUAAUUUAAUGAUAUCUCUUGCACACAAGUUUACAAAGUUGCAAGUUCUCACUCUUCGGCAAAACAAACCUCAGCUUGAAGACAGUGCUGUAGAGUCUGUUGCCAAUUACUGUCAUGAUCUGCGUGAGUUAGACCUCAGCAGAAGCUUCAGACUUAGUGACCGCUCCUUGUAUGCAUUGGCCCAUGGAUGCCCGCGGCUUACAAGACUGAACAUUAGUGGAUGUUCCAAUUUCAGUGAUACUGCCUUGAUUUACCUUACCUGCCACUGUAAACACCUGAAGUGCCUGAACUUGUGUGGAUGUGGGAAGGCUGCUACUGACAGAGCUUUGCAGGCUAUUGCUCAGAACUGUGGGCAGCUGCAAUCUUUGAACCUAGGCUGGUGUGAUGAUGUUACAGAUAAGGGUGUGACCAGCUUAGCGUCAGGAUGUCCUGAUCUCAGAGCUGUAGACUUGUGUGGUUGUGUUCUUAUAACAGAUGAGAGUGUGGUUGCUCUUGCCAACGGAUGUCCGCACCUGCGCUCGUUGGGCCUCUACUUCUGCCAGAACAUCACGGACCGUGCCAUGUACUCCCUCGCAAACAGCCGCGUGAAGAGCAAGUGUGGGAGGUGGGAUGCAGUGAAAGACGGGCUUGCGAACCUCAACAUCAGCCAGUGCACCGCCCUGACGCCCCCAGCGGUGCAGGCCGUCUGCGACUCGUUCCCGGCGCUGCACACCUGCCCCGAGAGGCACUCCCUCAUCAUCAGUGGCUGCCUCAGCCUCACGUCAGUCCACUGCGCCUGCGCCCUCCACCCACACCGUGCCGCGAGAGCGCUGAUGGCCAACCAUGCGUACUAAGCUUGUUGGUGGCUUUGCGCUGAUGGUUCUCUUGAAUCCCCCCGCUUGCCUGGUGGUGGUGGCGUCCUCCAGGUGUAGAGGAAGCUCCCUGUGUACAUAAACUCGAGACUUGGUGGUGUAAUAAGACACUGCUGUGGUAGGACUUUGUGUGAUAAUCAUGGAGUGGCGAAUAUCUGUAGCGUGGCAUGUGUACUCCAGUGCUACCUGGACAUUGACUAGAAAUGUUGUAAUGUGUAUUUAUUUCAUGGACUUUGUAGGGUUGCAGUCAGAUCUGCCUAAAUCUUGACGGCAGAUGCAUGGCUCUGUUGAAAUUUUUGCAAAGGGAAAAAAACUAGGGGAAUUGGUAGA